AUGGGGAAUUCGGACACCGUGGCUGGCAAAUGGGCAGCAGAAAUCUGGCGGCUGGGCCGAGGCUGCCCGCAGAACCCAGUGCCUGGAGGCCACAGGGGUCCCGGCCUAGACCCUGUAGGCAGGACACCCCCCCCUGCCUCGGGCAACCUAAUAGCCCUGGGGCCACUGCCUGAGGACGGUGCCUCUGCCAAGCACACCUCGGCGCCACUCGGGCAACACCCUGAGACCCCUCUGGGGCGGGAGACCCGAGCGCCGAGGUUCCUAUUCAGCCUCGGCCUCCUGGCGGGCCUACUGCCGGCGCUGGCCGCCUGCCCCCAGAACUGCCACUGCCACGGCGACCUGCAGCACGUCAUCUGCGACAAGGUGGGGCUGCAGAAGAUCCCCAAAGUAUCCGAGAAGACGAAGCUGCUCAACCUACAGCGUAACAACUUCCCGGUGCUGGCCGCCAACUCGUUCCGGGCCAUGCCGAACCUCGUGUCGCUGCACCUGCAGCACUGCCAGAUCCGCGAGGUGGCCGCCGGCGCCUUCCGCGGCCUCAAGCAGCUCAUCUACCUGUACCUGUCCCACAACGACAUCCGCGUGCUGCGCGCCGGCGCCUUCGACGACCUGACGGAGCUCACCUACCUCUACCUGGACCACAACAAGGUGACCGAGCUGCCCCGCGGGCUGCUCUCCCCGCUGGUCAACCUCUUCAUCCUGCAGCUCAACAACAACAAGAUCCGGGAGCUGCGCGCCGGCGCCUUCCAGGGCGCCAAGGACCUGCGCUGGCUCUACCUGUCCGAGAACGCGCUCAGUUCCCUGCAGCCCGGUGCCCUGGACGAUGUGGAGAACCUGGCCAAGUUCUACCUGGACAGGAACCAGCUGUCCAGCUACCCCUCUGCCGCUCUGGGCAAGCUGCGGGUGGUGGAGGAGCUGAAGCUGUCCCACAACCCCCUGAAGAGCAUCCCGGACAAUGCCUUCCAGUCCUUUGGCAGGUACCUGGAGACCCUCUGGCUGGACAACACCAACCUGGAGAAGAUCUCGGAUGGUGCCUUCCUGGGUGUAACCACGCUGAAACACGUCCAUCUGGAGAACAACCGCCUGAACCAGUUGCCCUCCAACUUCCCCUUUGAGAGCCUGGAAACCCUCACCCUCACCAAUAACCCCUGGAAGUGUACCUGCCAGCUCCGGGGACUUCGGAGGUGGCUGGAAGCCAAGGCCUCCCGUCCAGAUGCCACCUGUGCCUCGCCCGCCAAGUUCAGGGGCCAGCACAUCCGUGACACGGAAGCCUUCCGCAGCUGCAAGUUUCCCACCAAGAGGUCCAAGAAAGCCAGCCGCCAUUAAACAGGUUCUGACCCUGCCAGUCCUGGUGACUGGCCUCUGCCUUCUGCUGGAGAGACUGACUACUGGCCUUGCCACCACCCACCUUCUCCCCACAGCCUCUGCCGACGCACAGCGCUGCCCGCACCCAGACACGUCCUAGCAGGGGCCUCGGCACUCCACCAGCAGCCCAGUUCCACCUGGCAGUGUCUGGGGAGGACGCGGGGCCCUCCCCAGCCUCUGUGGGCCCCACUGCCACCACCAUGGCUCCUCUAAGAGAAGCACUGCCCAGACGCUCACAUCCAUCAGAACCAGACCUGGGUGGUCAUCAGGAUGGCCACCCUUCCAGAAUCAUCCUUCCUGUACUCUUCUUACCCUGCUGUUUGGAAACAAGUAUCAGAUUCCGGCUCACCUACGCUUCCAAAAAGCAAGCCCAGGCCCCAACUCUGCCAGCCCCCGCUGGCCAGGACGUAUGUUCUAGCAGGACACGGGUGCUUUGCCGCACGCCCUCCCGUGCCGCCUUUCUUCUCCAGAUUUCUAUAAAUAUAAGUUUAUGUGUGUA